AUGAUCACCCGCAAGAUCGGCCCAGCCCUCGCCACCGGUUGCACCGUCGUCUGCAAGGCCCCCGGCGAGACCCCCUUCACCUCACUCGCCAUUGCCGAGCUGGGCCACCGCGCCGGCAUCCCCAAGGGCGUCGUCAACAUCGUUACCGCCCUCGACAACACUCCUGAGGUCGGCGAGGCUCUGACCGCCAACCCGACCGUUAAGAAGAUCUCCUUCACCGGCUCCACCAACGUCGGCAAGCUCCUCAUGCGCCAGUGCGCCGGCACCCUCAAGAAGAUGUCAAUGGAGCUCGGCGGCAACGCCCCCUUCAUCGUCUUCGAUGACGCCGACGUCGAUGCUGCCGUCGCCGGCGCCGUCGCCUCCAAGUUCCGCUCCUCGGGCCAGACCUGCGUCUGUGCCAACCGCAUCUACGUCCAGAGCGGCGUCUACGACGAGUUCGCCGACAAGUUCGCCGCCAAGGUCCGCGAGUUCAAGGUCGGCAACGGCUUCGACGACGGCACCACCCACGGCCCUCUCAUCCACGACCGCGCCGUCGAUAAGGUCGAGGCCCACAUCCGCGACGCUGAGCGCAAGGGCGGCAAGGUCGUCGUCGGCGGCGGCAAGAUCGCGCGCCUGGGCGCCAACUUUUACGAACCCACCGUCAUCACGGGCAUGACCGGCGACAUGGCCAUGGCGAGCGAGGAGACCUUUGGCCCCGUCGCUGGCCUCUUCUCCUUCGACACCGAAGACGAGGUCGUGAAGCUGGCCAACGCCACCAACGUCGGCCUGGCGGGCUACUUCUUCUCCCGCGACAUCCAGCGCGUGCACCGCAUCGCCGAGCACCUCGAGGUCGGCAUGGUCGGCGUCAACACGGGUCUUAUCUCGGACCCGGCCUCGCCGUUCGGCGGAGUCAAGGAGUCCGGCUUCGGCCGCGAGGGGUCGCUGUACGGCAUCUCCGAGUACCAGGUGACCAAGAUGGUCACGUACGGCGGUAUGGGCCAGCCUCUCCAAAAGUAG